AUGCCGCCCACAACCACGUCAACUGCCCCGGUCGUGGCACCUACCAGCACAGGGUUCGACGGCGAUGACUUCUCGAACAACUUGUUCAGCGACUUGGCCCCUCUCCUCACCCUCUUCGGUGAGCAAGUCACCAAGCAAUUCUUCAGCCUGUCUUUCGGAUGGGCGGACCACAUUCUCCUCGCCAUGGGGCCUAUCGGUAUCAUUACCAUCAUUGUCAGCGCCAUACGCGUAAGCGGGCCCAAGAGACUCAAGGCCAUAGUCGGAAGAGCCCGUGAAAGCUUAGCGACAGCGGAAGCGGAGCUUCUGUCUUCUACCUCGCAAAACGUUUGUGAGAUGUGGGAUGGCAACCAGGUUGUUCGAGCCAUCGGAAAACCGCAAGGAAUGCAGCAUCUGGUUGUUCUGAAGGAUAAGAUCGGAAACAAUGAUCGGGGCAUCGACCCUGAGCUACGCAUUCUCGAUUUUCAGUCCGCAUUUGGAUUGGGCAUCUUUAGCCCGCCACGUCUUGCCUACCAAAGGCAGAUCUUUGAAGAACAGCCACCACCAAACAUCACUCUUAAUACUGCCGAUUCCACAUUGUCUGACACAGAGCUUUGGUUCUGGGCUAUUGUGGGCACCAUUCUCCAAGUCACGGCUCUGGUUGUGCCAGCUCUCGUAGUGUAUCUAUGGAAAUGGCAAGAGGCCGGUGAGACUAUUGCGGCUUUGCUUGCAGCAAUCUCGAGUUUUGUUACUAUUGCUGGAUAUAUUGUCCAGUUUGUUGGACUGAGGUCCCUUCACUGGUCCGCAACCAUCAUUCAACUUGGGGUCACGCUCGCAAUGACCUGUUUCAGGGCAUGGGUACGCCGAGGCUUGACGGCACAGCCUAUAUGUCUCUCCUUGGAAAUCAGCCAUGCCAUUGCUAAACUUGCGUUUUUUCUCAUGGAUGAUUUCCAUGAAAUACACGAAUUGGCCGAUCAAAUUCUUCCAAACAUCCAUGGCUGGAACUUAUACACUGCUCACGAUUCGGAUUGCCCCGACAACGCCCCGGCUUGGAACCCUACGAGUUUGCCUAUAGCUACGCUUGAACCGUACAAAGUCAACGAAACCGUUCUGCUUCACCAAUACUUAUCUGUCGAGGGCAUUAUGGAAUACCUAUCCUCCUCAGAAAGCAACAUAUCCCUCAAUCAAAACGGCGCAUCUGAAAAGGGUUAUCUAGCCUGGACAGUGAGUACAACUCACAAGAGGAUGAACUCAAACCACCCCGAUGGUCCUACAAAGUUCGCUGACCUCACCACAGGAGUAGCGCGUACCGCACCUAGUGGUAUGUACGGGCAACUUAGAUGGAAAGUCAAUCUGGACGAGAUUCGAAGCAUCAUUGACUUGUGGGAAGCUACCUUGAGGGAAAAAGAUGGCCAAUAUCUGGUUCCAACUGGUGUUUUUUCGGAAGUACACACUUCGAGGAAUAUGCUAAUACACUGGCCCAUUCUAAGCACGCUCGACUUCAAAACGGACAAUACACACCCUAAUAUGGACUGGCUCGAUGGCUCUGGCUUUUGGUUAGUCAAGAAGGUGACCACGUUGACUCCAGAUUAUGGCCCGGGCAUCCAUUGCAGGCCUGACAUGGGGGCUUAUUACGUAUUCAAAGCACCUCCGGACUCUCUCGCCAACAGACCAAACGAGCACUUUACACAUUUUCUAGUCUACCGGAAUCUACGCGAAGUACGCGAAGCAUGUGCACUAGAGCUACUAGGACUUUUCCUUUCGACCAUCUCAUCCGAAACUGAGCAGAUUGGCGGGGCCACUCAGAUAGAAUCAAACAGACGCACCAAGCCCCGUACAUCAUAUGACGAACCGAGAAAUAAGCAUACCGAACCUCUUUGGACAAAUACAGCCAUUGACGAGCUUUGCUCCUGUAUCGAGAAAGCGGAACUGGUGAAAACGGUUGAAGAAGCAAGAAGAUUCGUCAUUCCGGCUCUCUCGCGGUACAACCUUCUCCCCAAGGAGUCAAGCGAGGCCCAAGAAACCCCAAUCCGCGAGGAAAGGAAUAGUGAUCCUGGCUCCGACAGUCAUACGCAAGCGAGUCCCGCCAGCAACGCGGAAGAAACCCCAACACAUAGAAGCAGGGCACAAAGCUGGGCCGGAACGCCUUCUCAAAGACACUUGCGCACGUCAGAUGACAUGUCGAGCUUAUUUUAA